ACCGGAUAUUGUUACCUCACUUCCAGGAAAUUAAAUGAGAGUAAACUAAAUAAAUACAGUUCAAUGCUGGAUUCUACUAGACACAAGGAAAAUGAUGGAGAAGAGAAAGGUUCUUUUUCUGUUUAUUUUGUUCUCUGCGUUGGAGCUUGGAUGCUGCAAUAUUUCUCGGAAACCAAUUUCAGAUCAACCCACUCCUGAAUGUUUACAGCCUUUCAGCGAAACAGUACGAGAUAUCUGUAACAAAACAAGUAACUAUCCAAUGAAGGAAAUUGCCUCUUUGUUGAAAGAAUCACCUCUGAAAGUCAUGUGUAACUCGUUAAUAAAGAAUAUUGCUCCCAUACAAACAUUAGCAACAAAGUCAACAAAGGAGCCUGCUUGUCUUUCUCGUACUGUGGUAAUCACACCCAAGGCUGCAAAGACCUUGCAAGGAGAUUGGGUCUACGUAGUGAAUGUUGACUCAUGCCAGCAAUUUUUUUGGGGGGAAGUAUGUGAAAGUGAAACGUGUUCUUCUAAAAUCGGACUUCCCAAUGGCUACAACAACGUAUGUGAACAGAAAUAUGUUAUUGCUAAAGCCUUGACUUUCUCUUCGUCAAGACUCCAGACAAGUGACGUUUUUAUUCCUUCCUGCUGUGCAUGUUACUUGAUCAGCUCGUUUUGAAAUUAACAACAAUAUUCAAGAGUUGUGUCGAAGCCUUUUAUUAAGAUUUAUUUUGUUUAAUAAAGCAAACUGUCGUAGAAAACAUUUAUUCACAUAAAAUCUUAUUGGUAAUUUACUAAGUCUAUUCCAAGAAAGUUUCACUCUCAUAAAGAAACAAAGAUCUGUGAGUUCUUCAGUAACGACAUACAUGUUUUCGAAAACUCAUGGAAGUAUCUAAUCAUUAAUUUUUUUUGAAAUCGAAAAAGUAUUGUCGAUUGUAAUGUAGAUGAUCAACAUAUUCCAACAAUAUUCACUGACACUAUCGUCUGGUAGAAAAGUAACUAGUAGAACAAGAACAUUUCUUGUACAACAAUUGUUGAAGAAGUAGCAACAGCGAAACGUUGGCUGAAAUAAAACUUUACUUAUUAUUAUUAUCUGAA